GUCGAGUUGCGUCGAUCUUCUGGACGGAUCGAGUCGUAGCAUAGGGUUGGCGCGGGGCCAAGAAAGGCGCCGGGGAUGGAGAAGGUGUGACGUUCUGACACGAAGUGACGAUGGAUGAUGCUGCCCACUCGAUCCGAUCGCAUCGGGCCUCGUCGAAAUGACGGGCGGCGAUGCACUCGAUCCAGUCCGGACCCUUCGCCCGCGAGCCCGGUCGAGCAGCGCGAACCCGGCCGAGGUGCAAAAGUCUGGGGUCGAGCUUAUCUCCGCCGCUUGCUCGCCGGACCCGAGCCCGGGCCUCGUCCCCGCCGGGCAGUUCGUGCCGACUCCGCUCGGCUCCGCAGGUCCGACUCGCGUCGGCGCGAUCGGAGCGCAGGUUAGGGUUUGAAUGCGUUCGAAUCGCACUCGAUGUGCCGAACAUGCGACGCGGAAACGCGUGCAAUCCUUGACCCGAGGUCUGUGACAAGAAGCCAAAUCUUUAGGUUUGUCACCAAAUUGCGGUUUGCGAUCCCCGAAGAUGAUUACGAGCUCGAUUUGCUUCUUGUUAGGUGCAACGAUUGAGUUCCCCGGCCUCAGCAGGUGUGAUGGAAUCGGGCACAUUUGGGAAACCCCGGGGCUGUAUUGGAUGCGUCUUGAUCCACGGUCUUUCCAGGGAGUCGAAUUUUAUAUUUAGUGGGAAUCGAUCUUAAGUGACAGGUUUGAAACAAUGCAGAAUUGUCCACCGGUGUAGCUUCGGCUACAUGUUACAGAUUCUUUAAGAGCAUCCGGAUACAGGAUGCCUCGACAGUGACAAUGUGCACCAGAAAUGUGCCUCGUUUUCGGUAUAAGCAGUCGCGUCGCUGGUACUGAAAAAGAACUUGUUCAAGCUGUCCACAAUGUCAGACGCGUGAGACACAAUCACGAUGGUAUCAAGUACUCUGCACGUUUCUUAAUUUUAGAGUUUAAGCCGGUGCAAUCCGAGCGCAGAAACUCGACGCAGAGUGUAAUGAAAACUUGCACUCCACCUUGAAACGUUCAGGAAUAAACUGCAAAUCACAUGUUUCGAUUCCAGAGUGUGAGAGCAGGAUCGUCGUGGAGAUCCGGGAGUAAAUUAUGGGGAAAAAUACAGUCCGACGGUCUGUGCCUGCUCUCGUGGACUCACAUGGAGCUCGAGCACGAUCCGAGAGGCGAGAAAGGACGUCAUCCGAAGGCGGACGAUGACAGAGCUCAUCAAGUCGAGCAAAGAGAACAGAAGUUCCGGUUGGGGUGAGGAACAAGCUGCACAUGGAUCGGUUUUCAAACACGUAGCUCAGCUGGCAUUGAAUGCGAGAGGAGCGGGAAAGAUUCACUCGGAAUCUUGGGUUGCGAAAGAUCGACCGAGCUUGGUUCUCCACACGGUCUCAGCCUCAGAGCCGCUUCGGCAGCUCUUCAGCUUGACGCUCACUUCUUGCAGACGAAUGAAUCUCUUCUUUGUCGUCCUCCAUCUGCUCUGCUUGUAGGACACUCAACCUUCAAGGCCGAAGCAGUUGGCCGCCGUCUGGUCCGAAUCUUCUUAUCUCCACGUGAGAUGGUCGAGAGCAGCUUAGCGAAGAGUCAAGCAGAAGACGCCGAAACGAGUUUAGCUACAAUCCUUGCAGCUCUCGCCAAAGGCUCACUGACAGACAUACUUCACGCACACGCUCUUUUUUCCUCCUCCUCCUCCUCCCUCCUCCCUCCUCCCUCACUCCUCCUUCUUUCUUUCUUCCUUCCUCCCUUCCAGACCUUCGCGAUUUGAAUCUACCGAACUAAACUGCCGAUCCUCCUCGUCGCUCUUUAGAAUAAUGAAGAACUUUGCGUUGCAAGAAUCCGUUGCACAUACUUUACUCCACGGGAACGAUUACUUCAAGAGCGCAGAGUGAUCAUUACACGCAUUGAGAUUUUGGGGAAUCCCCGCUUGCAUGAACUGCUCGGUGGAGAAAGGGACGAAACCUUCUCCCCUUCGGUGGCUCGUACGAAUUGAGAUAUGAAGGAAGACUUUGACGAGACUCAUCAUGACCUGCUUAUUGGGGAGAGCGAAGCGGUACUGCGAUCUAAACCACUACAGGAUCUUCUGCGAAAGCUAUUCUACAAUUUCCCAUUCCUCUCUGAAAGAAGUACAAUUAUAUCUAACGGAUAGUCACGGACCGAUCAUAUAUUUUAGAGUAUGCUUCUACAAGUGGACCACCGUGGAGUAAGUUGGUUUGGCACUUGUGGCCGCACUGCAUCAUGAUAAAACCUACACAAGUGUUGGACAAGAUCACAAAUACAUUUCAGAGUAGUAGACUUCUCGAAAUAGAACGCGAUAAGCUCUCUAAGAAAUUAUCCUAAACACUCAAUCUUUCAUGGAGAUUGAAGUUGGAAGGCUAGCAAUCUACAAGUGGGGAAAAAUGUUGCAAUCUUUGAAACGGGCUGACUUCAAUGGCUAUGACAUUUUUUGUCGUUUGUGAGAUUGGUGUGUAUACAAGUAG